CAGCUGUGAGCGGCAGGUCGAGAGUAAAAGUUGUGUUGUCAUUGAACAGUGAAGUGACGACUCUUUACCAUGGCGGGGGGAACCGAGAAGCCUGAAUGGCCACUACAAGGCCAAUUUAGACGAUAUAAAGUCAAAGGCAACCCAUGUGACAUCAGGAUCGAUGAAACAGGUUUUACAGUGUCAAGUAAAGGCGACGGAGCAUCAGGCGUAGUAAAACAAGAAGUGUUAAAGGCCUCGGACCUGGUGGGUUGUAUGUGUAUGAAGGCAGGACCUGCUGAGGCAAGGACACACCUUGCAUUUUUCACAAUAUUCGCUUAUCCAUUGAAUGACAAGGGGAAGAAGAGAAGGAGAGUGACGUUUUCUUUUGAAGUCGAUAAAGAAGACACCUUUGAGAAGAACUUGGAGAUCGCUGAGACUUGGAGGAGUGGUGUGUAUAGGGCCAUCAGGAUCUUUGGUACAGCUAACCCCCAAACUGACAAGAGUAAAAAGCUGUUGAUGCUUAUUAAUCCAAACUCAGGACCAGGAAAAGCUCAACAGAUAUAUAAGAAACAAGUGGCCUCAGUGUUUGGUGAAGCAGAGACUGAUCAUGAAGUUAUUAUUACAGAAAGGGCGAACCAUGCACGAGAGAUAGUCCAGUCUCUCAACCUAGCCAAGUAUUCUGGAAUUGUCAUUCUAUCUGGGGACGGCCUUCUUUUUGAGGUAUACAAUGGCCUUUUUGAGAGACCAGACUGGGAACAAGCAAUCCAGUACCCCAUCGGCAUGAUUCCAGGAGGCUCGGGGAAUGGGCUGGCAAGAUCCCUUGGACAGUGGCUCAAUGAACCCUACUUGGCUAACCCUGUCUUGGUAUCUACACUCAACGUAGUCUAUGGCCACCUGUCUCCUUUGGACUUGGCUAUUGUCCAGACGGCAGAAGGGAAAAGACUUCUUUCCUUUCUCUCAAUUGGCUUUGGACUCAUCUCUGACAUAGACAUUGAGAGCGAACGCCUGAGAAGCAUUGGAGAGGCAAGAUUUGUGGCAUGGUCUUUUAUACGGGUAGCCAAUUUGCGCAAAUAUCCAGCUAAGAUAUCUUUCAAGCGAGCACAAAGAAAAACAUCUAACCAAAUACCAAAAGUUAGACCUCCAUUGAUGCAUUCACAGACUUUUGAGGAGGAACCAGAAGUGGCAUCAGAAGCCCUGCCUGAUCAUCUGCCAAGAAGUCAGAGUGUUGUGCAAGAGGGACAACUCAGUGAAUGUACCCUUGACCUAAGUCCAUCCCUCAUUAAGGUGGAAACGCUUUACACAGAAGAUGGUUCUGGACAAGAAUGUGGAGAUGGUGGACAGCAGAAUCAUAAAAGAGGAGUCGAGAGUGAAAAUGAAAGUAAUCGAGACAAUCAUGCGUUGACAGAUGAUUGUUUAAUACCAGAUCUUAAUGAGCCUGUACCUGAGGACUGGGAGACCAUUGAAGAUAACUUCAUUAUGGUGCAUGCCACCUAUCAGUCUCAUAUAGCAACGGAUGCUUUUAUUGCCCCAGAAGCCACACCAAAUGAUGGCAUCAUGUGGAUAAUGAUGAUCAGAGGAAGCACUCCAAAAAGCAGUAUAGCCAAGCUUCUGUUGGGAUUGGAUGGAACUCACGUUAAUGUGCCCGGCAUAGAAAUGAUACCUGUAGUGGCACUGAGAAUAGUUCCUGCCUCCAGCAAUGGCUAUCUCAAUGUAGAUGGAGAAGUGAUACCCUGGGGGCCAGUCCAGGCUCACAUCCUACCCAGAAGAGGCAAUAUUAUGACACGGUAGGUCGUAAUCCAGACAUUGGACUAAUUUAACAUUAGUGUGUCUUGGAACUUCUCUGGAAAAAGUUAAUUUAAAGUUAAUGAAAAGUCAUAACUUCACAAGAUAAUUCAAAGGCAAAAUUACAACAGAACUUAUAGAAAUCUGACCAUGACACAAUUGGUUGUGCUGUACAUGUCUAGGAGAUUAUCUACAAUGUUAAGUAAUGACAAGAAUCACAAUGUUGCAAACACAUUGAAAAUUAUGCUUUAAAAAAAUAACCAAAUCAUGUGUAGUUCAAUGACAUUAUCAUCAGUAACAAAAAGUUUUGGGCUUAAUAUAAUUUAGAAUUGUAGUGGCAGUGGCUUCUUCUAACUUUAAUAUCUUGUAGUACAGGGUAUUUAACUCUGGACACAUGCAGUAUCUCUCCAAGCUACAUUUCAAUGGAGUGUCUACAGUGAAACCUCUAUUUAACUGACUAUAUGUAGAGGAAUCUUCGUUAUAUCAAUUGAAUUGAAUUAAAACAGUUAGAUGUGAAACUUCUCAUCUAAAGGCAUAUAUGACAAGAGAAGUCCGUUAUAUGGAGGUUUCAUUGUAUUCUCCAGUAAAAUAUGAAAAUGAUAACUGGUUCUUUUUUGUUACUUUUUUAUGAAGGUAAAAUCAUAGUUUCCAUAUCUGACAUUAAUAUUUCUUAAAAACAAUAUUUGACAGCAGAGGAAUAAUGUGAAGAGAAAUGCAAUAUAAAGUAUUUAUGGAUUCCUCAAUUAGUGUUAUAAAGAUCAGCCAUUAAUUUAUCAAAAUCUGUUAAUAAUUCUUCAAAAGCAUUAUUUUAGCAGCAGAAGCAAGAUAAUUUAUCUAUGUCCAAAAUGUAAGUCUUUAUUUAUGCAUUAUGAUAAAUAACACUUCUGAAACAUUGCUUGACAUUAUAAUAUCCACAAUGUAUCCAAAUAUAAUGGUGAAAACAAAGUAAAAAUUAGGACAAAGAGAUGAUAGUGUCACAGCACAGGUGGCGGCUACCAGCUGAGUGAGUCAUUGUUUAUGGGCGAGGUCGUCAUUAUGUGGCAACAGUUAUUAGUUUAUUAGUACAGUACAGUAUUCGUGAUUCAUUUGACUGUGGUUGAACAGCACGUCCAAAGGGUUAAUAGCUUUAUAUUCCCCUGUACUGCCUAUGAAAAUGUAUGGUAAUUUUUCAGUUUGACCAUAAAGUUGGAUGUCUUGGGAUAGUGUUCAUAUUUGAUAGACACAGAGAAACUUUAUGAUAUACAGGGUAUUAUAAUAAUAUACAGUAUAUUAUUUACACUUAUAAGUUUGUUUAUAAAAUACUGUAUACAAUAAUGGUUUUACAUGGGGAUGACUAAAUCAUGAAUGUACUGUAGUCUGUUAGUAAAGUAAGUAUUUUCAUGAAUUGUUUUGGGUAAUGUAAUUUGUGGAUUGACAUGAGGAAGUAUGUACUGUACUGUAUAGUACAAAUACUCUUUGAUGACUUGAUUUUAUUUUAGCCUCUAGCUUGUAUCUGUACGUGUAGAAGAGUACCAAGGUAUCUUAGUAUGAACACCUUGAGGUACAUAGUAUUCAAAAUUAAAAUUUCAUUUUUUUUCCUUCAUAUUGUCUUGGCCUUUCUGCUGCUUUGUAAACACAUCUUACCCUUUUCUCACUAUUACUACCCCCUUUGAGGCUUUCAGAGCCCUUGAUCCAAUCUGGGUCUUGUGCUCUUAAAAUUAUUCUUAUCUAGUAUAGGUAAAGUACAUUGAAGUGUCAGACUGUUCUAAUUCAAGGAUGAUGUAGAGACUUUGGUUGAGGAGGAUUUCGAGCAUGUUCACCUGGAAGCAGUGUUUUCCUUACCUUUGGCAUCUUUUAGUUGGAUGUCAGACCUUUAAAGUGUAAGGAAAAGUAAGGAGUUUCCUUUUCUUGGUACAAUUCAAGUUUUACUGACACACCUGAAACACUAAAUAUAUUAUCGACAUUCUAUGACCAUUUAUUGUAGGAGGAGGAGGUGGCUUUGUUGCCCUGAUAGUCAUUCAUUCCCCAGAGGAAACCUGAGUUAGUUUUGUUGCAACUCCAAUAUGUCCUUUAUAAUUCUUUCUUAGAAGGUAUAUUUACCUGGGAGAUAGUACAGUAUACACAUAAUUAGAGAACCUUGUAACAUAAGGUUGGAAGUACUGGCUGUGUGUAGUGUAGUGCUAGUGAAUUGUUACUGAUUUGAUUAGUAUGAUAGUAAAUGAGGCUUUGUGAAUUCUGCUUAUGAUUAGGUAAUGGAAAGUAAAAAGAAAAUGCAUCCGUGAAAUAUCUUGAGGAAUUUGAUAUAUUUCAUGUUUUAUAAUAUAUAUUGGCGAGUCUGCACUAUAUGAUUGAGGCAAGUCUAAUGUUUAUGUGUUUUUUAAAUAAUUCUAUUAGAUUUCAUUGCUGCCAGUGAUGUAAGAAAAUGAAGGUGACACUAAUACAAUACUGUAUAGUUAUCUCUGAAAAAUAUACCAAUACAGAUACAGUAUGUCAUUCCGUAUAGUAUGUCAUAUUGUCACUAUAUUGCUUUUAAAAAUAAGGAAGGACCAAAUUUUUUUGAUAUAGUAGCUAAUAUGUUAAUGUCUUUCAUCCAAGCUGUUUUCUUAACAUUUUGUUUGUUUCACCUAAGCAGAUUUCUUAGUUUUAUGACUAUUGUGCCUUGAUUCAACAGAAACUUAGCUCAAGAUUAAUUCUGAUGCUUGCUAAUCAAGUGGUAAUGAUAAAAGUUUAAUGUACAUAUUGAAUUAUAGAUGGUAACAGACCUUGUCUUAGGUUGCCUUUGAUGUGAUGGAGGAUACCAAAGCUUACAGCUCAAAUUCAGUAAUUAUCUCUAAAUUGGUGGGAUUAAUAGUGAUUCUGUGAUGUAACAGGGUUGAUAGGCCUUUUAUGUAUAAAUAUAAAAGUUUUAUUUUCUAGAGUGAUAAUGCCGUAUUUAUAAAUAUUUUGUUUAUACUCUUCGCUAAUUGUGUUUAGGAUACUUUGCAUAAGAACAUCACGUCCCACUAACUUGCCCAGAUCGUUCAUCUUGCUGGUCAUGUCCUCCUGCUAGAGAAUUGAGGUAUCUGGGCAAGUUAUGAAUUAGCUUUUAGGUAUUGUAUUCCAAAUCAGAUUAUAGAAACUAACACACACAAUGGAUUUAUAUUUGAUGUUUUAAUUGAACAAUAUAUUUACAGAGUCAGAUUAAACAGUAUGUGGACAAAGAAAGUUCUUGAAUGCUCUAAAUGUCAUACAAUAUGCAAAAAAGUGGGAAAUCUGAAUAUUGCUCUCUGAGGAAGUCUUAUUGCAAAUUAAAUUACUUCUUACACCUGUAAAUACUAUAAAGACAAGCAACAUAUAAUAUUACAAAAUAUUGAGUCACUUUACAACCAGGCAUACCAACAAUUCUGAGAUGACAAAGACCCAUAUUGCUUAUUCUGAAAUCUGUCGUGACUAGCUGUUCCAUAACUCUUUUUGCCGACUGUGCAAUAUUGAAUUAAGGGUUGUCUUUUACAUGUAUAUUUAAUGUCAAACAAUAUUUAUUCAGUACAGUAUAGGAAAUUCUUUAUAUACUAGUGUUGUUACAUGUAGUGCCAUUGAUGAUAUAUACAGUAUUUAUUUAGUCAUACAUUUCUCAACAUUCCCCUUUUUUCUGUUUUAUUCCUUACAGUUUGUUUUUUCAUUGAGAGGUUGUUUAAAAUGUUUGUUUACAUUUAGAACCUGUUGUACUGUAUUAAGGAGUUGAUAGAUGUGUUGGUGGUUUAGCAGUGUUUUGAUGUACAGUAUUGUAUAGCACUGAUAGAUAAUGUACUGUACUAGAAAUGUAGAGAGAGGUUGGUGGUACAGUAUCAAGAUGUGAGCACUGGUGUGUAAGAAUAGGAAAUCUGGUGGAACAUUAAUGUAGUGGUAGAAUGUAAGCCAUUUAGUUGGAUAUUUUUACUUACUGUUGAAUGCUUGUAGAAAGUGCAUCAAUGAACUGAAUUGCCAGUACUGUACAGUAGUUAAGGUGGACUUUUAAGUUGCCUAUUUUUGUGUGAUAGUAGAUUAUGGGUUCAAUAGUGGUAUUGGUUAUUGUGUAGGAAAUUAAAAUGGACUUUUGACUCAGUGGGUCAAACAGUGAUACCAUGGUAAAGUGGACAGUAAAGUGUAAGCAUAUUAAAUUAAUUUUUGAAGAUGUAAAUACUGUAGUUGAAAGUUGAAUCAGGGAAACCCUACCUAUUGAAGAUGAGAUUGAUUAAAACUGUAUUUUUAUACUUGCAUGGAAGCUGUUAUUGUAAAUGGCUGGGGAAUUUUCUUUUUGUAAGUGGUAACUCCAAGUGUAUAUUACCUUAUUGUUAGAAUGAUUAAUUCCUGAUCAUAUGGUAUGUAUUACAGUAUCUCGUUGUAGUGGACCAAACUGAGAAUCCUCCUAAGGCUUUCUUUUGCUUUAAUUGGUAACUAUUAUAAGAUAAAUAAUGUACCAGGAGUACUGUGCAGCUAAACUAAAUUUAUGUCAUAGAAAAAGUGCUGUGAAGUGAAUGGCAGCAUAGGUACAGAAGCAAAUAUUGGCUGUGAAGAGUGAGACUUGGACACUGAAAUCCUGAAAUUCUGAAAUUUUAUUGUUUGUUAUUACAGUAUACUGUAACUCUCAUUAUACAUCUAUUGCUCUAUACACUACUAAGUUUUACUGGAACUUCUCUCCAAUUGUUUAUGGGAAAGUAAGGAUUUUGGUCAUCCUAUGUACAUAAUGGGAGGGUGCAUCAUUAACAUAUUAUACUGUAUAUGGGAAUUAGUGUACUACUUUGACUUAAGUUAUCCCAUGUUGGGUGAUACCAUUAGUGAAUCUAUUGAAAAUUCCUUUUAUAAUUGCAUGGUGAUAUAUUUCUAGUAUUUUGGUUAGAGUUCUCCAGAGAUUACACAUUCCAAGUUUAAUUUUCCAUUUUACGGUAGCGGUCGUUUGUUUAUGGUGUAAACAAUUUGGGUUAGCACAAACUUUUAAAAUUAUAUGUAAAUAUGAGUAUAUUACAGUUGUGGAUAUAUAUUCAUCUUGUAUACUGUAUAUGUAGUUGGUCAUCCAGUAGUUUUGGCCAUUAUAGAUGAAUGUUCUAUUUUAUAUUUAUGAUUAUGCCUUAUCAGGUGCUUAUAGUAUUCAGGUUGUGCCUGUAUCAGUUUAGACAGUGAUUAUAGCUAUCCCUUUUAUUAUGAGUUUAGAUUUAAAUUCACACACACACACACACACACACACACCCACCCACCCACACACUGUUGUACUCUAGAUUUAUUACUUUUUUAUCAUAUGUUUUGUAUAUCAACACAAGUUUUCUUAUAUAAUUGGUUACAGUGAUAUUAUAAUCUCUACAAUUCAUAACUCCAUAAUUUGUAAUAAUUAUUAAAGUAUUUUUGGAAAUUCCAAA